AUGCGCCUGCUGGUGCGGAUGCAAAGGGACUCGGAAAAUACACAUCCUUCAUUCAACCUUGCCCUUUCCUCUGCAGAUUAUUUGUGCACUCCAGAGGAAAAUGUUUACAAGAUAGACUUCACCAGGUUCAAAAUCCGGGACAUGGAGUCUGGCACGGUGCUGUUUGAAAUCACCAAACCACCAGCUUCAGAACGUGAGCACAAUGACAAGAAGGACAUCGACCCCAAUGCCGGGCGCUUUGUACGUUACCAAUUUACCCCAGCUUUUCUGAGACUGCGGCAAGUGGGAGCCACGGUGGAAUUCACGGUAGGGGACAAACCCAUUAACAACUUCCGCAUGAUCGAGAGGCAUUAUUUCCGGGAUCAGCUGCUGAAGAGUUUUGAUUUUGAGUUCGGGUUCUGCAUCCCCAGCAGUAAAAAUACCUGUGAGCACAUCUACGAAUUCCCACAGCUCUCGGAGGACCUCAUUCGAGAGAUGAUCCUUCAUCCAUAUGAGACACAGUCGGACAGUUUCUACUUUGUAGACAACAAGCUGGUGAUGCACAACAAGGCAGAUUAUUCCUACAGUGGAGGACCUUGAGCACAGGAUGGACAACCAGCCUCCGCUGGCCUUCCCUUUCCUAUAGAAGCUGUCAGGGAUAACAACACCUUCAGUUCAGUUGCCUGCAACGUCAACUGCACAAGGAUCCACACACCAAGGACUCUUUGCCACAGUAGGAGUUUCAUGACUAAAUUGGCCAGUCUCAUCUUUGCUGAGCUUUGAAGCAGACCCAGUUCUCCAGAAGUUUAAGCAGUUCUACGACACUAAAUGAUCUUUGGAUACCACAGUCCCAAGUUCUUUAAGUGUCAGCUCUGGAAAUGGCCUUGUGGGACUUGGGGAAUUUUGCCCUAAUUCUGUGGAUUUGUGUUCCUGUCCUCAAGCAUCUUUUAGGACAUGGGGGCUUUCU